CCUGCUGGUACACACCUUUCCACCCGCUUCCACUGUUGUAACCCAAAGUGACUUAGGUAACUGGUCACCACCAAUCUACCUUGAUAGGAGAGGCCGACCUCACGAAUUUUCAUCUUUUAUCACUCGCCGACCAUCGCUUGUGACAAUCGCACGUCACCCCUUUUCUCCUCUAGGCGCUUGAACCACACAAGCACCUACCUCAGCAUUCUUCGCUCACUCCGAGGUGCUCAGCUCCGAAAGACAACUUGUUCCCAAGAACGAUCGCCGCAUAACCACCUUUGGACUUGGAAAGUCCACGCCUCUAGGCCGACCAUUUGCCAAACUGUAUCCUUGAGGCAAGCGUGUCUGUCUGUCGAUUCCCAGUCGUACUCAACUCUACCCCUCCAUCGGCACUCGCGGGAAAAAUGGUAGACAGCGACACGAACUCUCCGACAUGGAAGUUCACGCAGUGCUUCGGCGACAAGGGCGAUGUGGAAGAUAUCACUGAAGCCGAUAUCAUCUCCACCGUCGAAUUCGAUCACACCGGCAACUACCUAGCAACGGGAGACAAGGGUGGACGUGUUGUACUUUUCGAACGGAAUGAGACAAAGAAGACAUGCGAAUACAAGUUCCACACAGAGUUCCAGUCCCACGAACCCGAGUUUGACUAUCUCAAGUCCCUGGAGAUCGAAGAGAAGAUCAACAAGAUCAAAUGGUGUCGUCGACAAAAUGCAUCCCAUUAUCUUCUGUCGACCAAUGAUAAGACCAUCAAGCUAUGGAAGGUCUUCGAAAAGUCACUCAAGGUUGUCGCGGAGAACAACCUGUCGCACGACCUCACCCCAAGCAAUGUCGCCGGCGGCGGCGGCGCAACCAGAGCGCCGCCUCCGUCUCAGUUCAGAAACGCAACCGACCUCAAACUGCCCCGCCUCACCCACCAUGAUACCGUCGUCGCAGCCGUGCCGCGACGGACAUAUGCCAACGCUCACGCGUAUCACAUCAACAGCAUAUCAGUGAAUAGCGACGGCGAAACCUUCAUCAGCAGCGAUGAUCUUCGUAUCAACCUUUGGAAUCUCAACAUCCAGGACCAAAGUUUUAACAUUGUCGACAUCAAGCCCGCAAACAUGGAAGAGCUUACGGAGGUCAUCACUGCUGCCGAGUUCCACCCCCAGAGCUGCAACUGGUUCAUGUAUGCGAGCUCGAAAGGCACCAUCAAGCUGGCUGACAUGCGCGAAAGUGCCUUGUGCGACCAGCAUGCAAAGUUGUUUGAGCAAGAAGAAGAUCCUUCAUCUAGGUCGUUCUUCUCCGAAAUUAUCUCGUCCAUCUCGGAUGUGCGCUUCUCCUUCGAUGGACGGUACAUCCUUUCACGCGACUAUCUGACAGUCAAGAUCUGGGACAUAAACAUGGAACGACAACCUGUGAAGACAAUCCCGAUCCACGAACACCUGCGACCUCGCCUUUGCGACACAUAUGAAAAUGACAGCAUUUUCGACAAGUUCGAGGUCGUCUUUUCUGGCGAUGCCAAGAAUGUAAUGACAGGCAGUUACAACAACAACUUCAUGAUCUACCCGACGGAUCCCGAGAAGGAGGUUGAAGUCGUGUUGCAGGCCGACAAGUCAGCCUUCAAAGCGAAGAAGGUUGGCGUGCCAACACCGAUCAACGCAGCAACCAGCCCUACGUCGACAAAUGGGAAAAAGAGCGGAUCGCGUGCUGGUAGCCCAGCUGCUGGGGCCCAGGGUCAGAGAAUGCGUAAGGAGACGGAUGCUGACCAAAUCGACUUCAACAAGAAGAUUCUGCAUAUGAGCUGGCAUCCUUUCGAGGAUAGUAUUGCCAUCGCAGCAACGAACAAUCUCUUCGUCUUUUCGGCCCUGUAAGCUAUACGAAUCGCAUCGUCGAAAGGCAAUCCGUGCUGGGCCGCAUCAUGUGGCGCAUGCUGCCCGUGUCUGUGGUCCAGAUGCCGUCGAACUCCCGGCAGCUAAUAGAUCAUGCUGCAUGGGACUUGGCAUUGUGAGCACAGCCUAAGCUGAAACAAUGUGUGCACCGUCAGCGGAUGAACAUGGUUCUUCCGUUUCGGCUGUCUUCAUAUGACAAAAAGCUAUGUUGGCAGACACAGGGUCAAGUAGUUGAAGAGAGGGGGGGGCAGGCUGUGAAGACACAUCUGCCAGAUACAGCCGCACACCUAGUGAGCAUGCUUACCAUGGUGCUCUCUCUUCCGCCCCUCAGUAGCGACUUGAUAGCGAAUAGGCCUAAAGCGAAGUUCAUGACAAGAAAAAUUGUCC